AUGUCAAAAAUUAAAGUCUGCGCUUUAUUCAGGCCUCUUAAUUCGAAAGAAAGAGAUGGUUAUGGCGACAAGAUCUGCAUACAGCGAGUUGACUCGGAAUCCUUCGUAAUCAAGGAUGAGAAGGAGGAAUUUGAAUUCGGUUUUGAUAGAGUCUUUUAUCCAGGAUCGCCGCAAGCUGACGUCUACGAAUUUCUGGCUCUGCCUAUUCUUCAGGGGGCUCUUAAUGGACUAAAUGGUGCAAUUAUCACAUAUGGACAGACAGGAGCUGGAAAGACAUAUAGCCUUGAGGGACCUAGCAUCAUGGCUGAAGAUGUGGAGAAGAAAGGACUCUUACCAAGAGUGGUGGAUGGCCUUUUUGAAGCUAUUAAACUGUCAGAUCAAGCAAAGGAUUACACUAUCAAAUUGUCGAUGGUUGAGAUAUACAUGGAAAGAGUAAGGGACCUGUUUGAUUUAUCAAAGGAUAAUAUCAAGAUUAAGGAGAAUAAACAGCUGGGCAUAUUUCUUAGUGGAGCUACAGAGAUAAAUGUCACUACUUCUGCAGAGGCAUUGCAAAUUCUAUGUAGCGGGAUAGCCAACAGGGCAGUUGGAGAAACACAAAUGAAUAUGUCAAGCAGCAGAAGCCAUUGUAUAUACAUGUUCACUAUCCAGCAGGAAGUCAAAAGUGAUAGAAGAUCUGGAAAGUUGAUCCUUGUGGACUUGGCUGGGUCUGAGAAAGUUGAAAAAACUGCAGCCGAAGGAAAAGUCCUAGAUGAAGCCAAGACCAUCAACAAAUCCCUUUCAGCUCUUGGGAAUGUAAUAAAUGCUUUGACAAGUGAUUCCCCUGGAAAAGCAAAUCAUAUCCCUUAUCGGGACUCAAAGCUCACGCGGCUCCUACAGGGUGUAAUUGGAGGUAACUCCCAGACUGCUUUAUUGUGUUGCUGCUCUCCAAGCCCGUCAAAUAUCUCGGAGAGCCUCUCCUCCCUUCGUUUUGGAGCAAGAGCAAAGCACAUAAAGGCAUCAGUGCAUGUCACAAGCUCAGAAGAUGCCGACACGAAAAAGCAGGGAGCUCGUUCUCUAAAUAAGGACGAGCAAUGCGAGAGGGUACUUGCCAAGUUGAGAGGGCAUUUGACAGUAGAAGUAGUCGAUUUACUAGAAGAGUUGUUUACGCUGGAAGGAAUUCUUUUUUACCCCAAUUCUGCUGGAGAGUUGGAAUCGACCUAUGAAGACAUAACUUCAAAGACGAUUUCAUCUCUACAAAAUGCUUUGGUGGAGCAGAGUGCAAAGAUUGAAGAGCUGAGGAAGCAAAAUAUGAUUCUUGAAGCCCAUUUGAGCUCUACCAGAAAUUGUCGCAACAUCAACAUUGAAGCUCAAAGCGGGUCAAGUUUUCUUAGUUGGAUUCCAUACAUCACCCUUUUCAAAUACUGGCAGCCUUGGUUGUUCCAGGCAACAAGUAAAAUGGCAUCUCUGAGGUAA